CCAUCGCCUGUCAUUCAUCAACGGUGCCAUGCUCAAGCACCUCGUUGCGGCAGCGCUCGCGGUCCCGACCGCCUACUUGGCGUUCGUCCUUGUCCACGCGCUUGCGACGACGCCUCUGCUUGACAGCAUUGCGCGUAUGCUCGGUAGCCCAUGGGCGGUCAGCGGCCUCAUCGACUACAGCGCCGGGCUCCUCUUCUCGGUGCCCUAUUUGUGGCUUCGAGCAUCGACGCUGCCGGCCAAGAUGGGCUUGGCCCUCGGCGCCAUCGUCCUCGGCAACGUCUUUACCGUCGCUGCCUUCAUCUGGCUCCUCCUUCGUAGCGACGGCUCGCUGCGCACCGCCGUUUUGCCCGUGCGCACGGCGUUCCCGCCCAUCGACAGCACGUCGGCGUCCCGCCGGACGUUUAUCGGUUUGGCACUCCUGGCCUUUCUCGGGUACCUCGGAUUCCUUGUCUAUUGCGUGCAGGCGCAGUCGUUUGCGACCGGCUGGGCGACGAUCCAGGACGAUGCGUGGGCGUACGCGACGUUCAUCGACGCAUGGACAGGGCAGUGCAUGGUGCUCACGUACAUUCUCGUGCGCGAAGGCCGCGACGCCAAGCUAUUUGCCGCUGCCCUAACGAUCGGGCUUGUCUUCUUGGGCAAUGCGACGACGUGCUAUUACCUCUUGCACCUCUUCCUCCUCCGGUUUCCCGGUUGGCAUGUCCGCGACGUCUUGCUCUGGAACGACAACGGCGCCAACGUCUUGCUCUGGAACAACAACGACGUCGGCGAAGAGGCGCCGCUGGUGCCCAAGACCUAUGUCUAGGCCGAUUUCAUUAUUCUUACUUUGUGUAAGAAGAGCAAAUCGAAACGUGUGAUGUUGCGUAGUACUUGCUAGCCCCUUGGGUCCUGUCAAGAUGAACACCUAGUCGACCACUUUUGUC